GCCCAGGAGCCCGAAGAGUGCCGGAGCCUGGCCCGGGCCGCUGCCGGGUCCCUGGACUCGGGGCUGGACGCAGCAGGCGGGGCGCUGUGUCCCAAAGCUCCCAGUCCUCGGCUAGGUGGGCACCACGGCAGGGGCUGAGCUACCCUCAUGGAAGGGAGAGGACCGUACCGGAUCUACGACCCUGGGGGCAGCGUGCCCUCAGGAGAGGCAUCCGCAGCUUUUGAGCGCCUAGUGAAGGAGAAUUCCCGGCUGAAGGAAAAAAUGCAAGGGAUAAAGAUGUUAGGGGAGCUUUUGGAAGAGUCCCAGAUGGAAGCGGCCAAGCUUCGGCAGAAGGCAGAGGAGCUAGUGAAGGACAACGAGGUGCUCCCACCACCUUCUCCCUCCUUGGGCUCUUUCGACCCGCUGGCUGAGCUCACAGGAAAGGACUCAAAUGUCACAGCACCUCCCACUGCCCCUGCAUGCCCCAGUGACAAGCCAUCGCCAGCCCAGAAGCCUCCAUCCAGUGGCACCUCCUCUGAAUUUGAAGUGGUCUCUGCUGAGGAGCAGAAUUCUCCGCCAGAGAGUAGCAGCCAUGCCAAUGUAAUGGCGCUGGGCCCCCUGCCCCACGAGGACGGUAACCUGAUGCUGCACCUGCAGCGCCUGGAGACCACGCUGAGCGUGUGCGCGGAGGAGCCAGACCACGGCCAGCUCUUCACCCACCUGGGCCGCAUGGCCCUGGAGUUCAACCGGCUGGCGUCCAAGGUGCACAAGAAUGAGCAGCGCACCUCCAUCCUGCAGACCCUGUGUGAGCAGCUUCGGAAGGAGAACGAGGCUCUGAAGGCCAAGCUGGAUGAGGGCCUGGAACAGCGGGAUCAGGCUGCUGAGAGGUUGCGGGAGGAAAAUUUGGAGCUCAAGAAGUUGUUGAUGAGCAGUGGUAACAAAGAGGGAGCCUCUGGGCGGCCAGGCUCACCGAAGAUGGAAGGGGCAGGCAAGAAGAUGGUGGCCGGACAGCAGCAGGCUAGUGUGACGGCAGGUAAGGUCCCAGAGGUGGGGGCCUUGGGUGCAGCUGAGAAGAAGGUGAAGAUGCUGGAGCAGCAGCGCAGUGAGCUGCUCGAAGUGAACAAGCAGUGGGACCAGCAUUUCCGGUCUAUGAAGCAGCAGUACGAGCAGAAGAUCACAGAGCUGCGCCAGAAGCUGGCUGACCUGCAGAAGCAGGUGACUGACCUGGAGGCUGAGCGGGAGCAGAAGCAGCGUGACUUUGACCGCAAGCUCCUCCUGGCCAAGUCCAAGAUUGAAAUGGAGGAGACCGACAAGGAACAGCUGACAGCGGAGGCCAAGGAGCUGCGCCAAAAGGUCAAGUACCUACAGGAUCAGCUGAGCCCGCUCACCCGGCAGCGCGAGUACCAGGAAAAAGAGAUCCAGCGGCUCAACAAGGCCCUGGAGGAGGCACUGAGUAUCCAAGCCCCCCCAUCAUCUCCACCAACAGCAUUUGGGAGCCCAGAAGGAGCAGGGGGCCUCCUAAGGAAACAGGAGCUGGUCACGCAGAACGAGUUGCUGAAACAGCAGGUGAAGAUCUUUGAGGAGGACUUCCAGAGGGAGCGCAGCGAUCGUGAGCGCAUGAAUGAGGAGAAGGAAGAGCUGAAGAAGCAAGUGGAGAAGCUGCAGGCCCAGGUCACCCUGUCGAAUGCCCAGCUAAAAGCGUUCAAAGAUGAGGAGAAGGCAAGAGAAGCCCUCAGACAGCAGAAGAGGAAAGCAAAGGCCUCUGGAGAGCGCUACCAUGUGGAGCCCCACCCGGAACACCUCUGCGGUGCCUACCCUUACGCCUACCCACCCAUGCCAGCCAUGGUACCACACCACGGCUUCGAGGACUGGUCCCAGAUCCGCUACCCCCCUCCCCCCAUGGCCAUGGAGCACCCGCCCCCAAUCCCCAACUCCCGCCUCUUCCAUCUCCGGAAUACACCUGGCGUCUACCCUGUGGAGGGAUUCGAAAUCCAAAUCAGAGCUCCCAAGUGAUGGACCCUCCUGCAGCCAGGCCUGCAGAACCAGAGCCAGC